AGCUCGCGACCGUAGCAGUGUGCGCAUCGCUGGCCGUCAACCAUCAGCACGGGAUGUCGGCGAUGCUGCCCUCCUUCGGCGUGAAACGGUUUAACACCAGAAAUAGGGGCCAAUGGCAGACGUGUAUUUCGAUGCAUUUUUACCUGUGACGAUCCAUCGCGCCCCGACGCUGUACUUGUACUUGAACGAUGCCGCCGAAGACGGUGGACGAAGGCGUCGCCAAAUUGGAGCGCAAGAUCCGAAAACGAGGCUACAUGCGAAAGUUCAUGCAGGCCUACCGGAACAGAGAACGAAGUGAAGUAGAGGCGCUCAAGCUGCAAGUGGAAGCGCUCGAGCACGAACUGGCCACACGCCUCGUCAAGAGGACACCACCCACCGAUCCUGACAACACGCGAUGGCCGCUGGCCCUGCCGUGGAAAGAAGUCGCGGCGGCCAUGCACGCGAUGUGUGAAGAUGCUCAUUCGAAACAACGAGCGCUGCAGUACAAAUCUGAGGAAGCGGAAGCUGUACGACGCGACUUGCAAGAGUGGGUCGCGUCCUUCCACAACCCCACGGCGUCGCUGAGCAGUUGGAGCCGCACGUGGAGGGAUGUGACGCUCUUGGCGCAUCCUCGCUCGCGACAGCUCGGGAAGGAGUGGAUCACGCAGCACAUGUACCACAACUCAUCCCGGAUCUUCCGGCAGCAGGAGUGCCCACCCACGCACUACAGCAUCAUCGACAAUAGCUGGGACAUUGACUUUUCGUCCGGCGACUGCUAUUACAUCGUUGAGAGGGGCCACGUCGACUGGAAUAUGCCGCUCGAGAACGUUCAAUCCAUGUUUCGGAACCACUUGUGCUCCAUGUUUACGCUGGAUGCGUUCUGCCCCCUUACUGCCAAAACAUUGACGGAAGCGACCGGCAACACGGUGCUCCAUCGCCUAGUUAUGCCAAACGGGGACGACGCUGCCCCCAAGCAGUAUGUGAAUCUCCUCGGCGCUGAAUUCAACGAACCCGACAAUCGGACGGUCGUCGUGGUGACACAAAUUCAGGAUGACGAAGCGGCAACCCGCUACGCAUCGUCGCUACCCCAGCGCAGCCGCAUGACUUGGGUCGAGCUGCAUGGGGAGGCGCCGAAUCGAACCCGGGGACGCUAUGUAUCGAUCGUGUCGCAGCAGUUCACAAAGGCUGGUGGGUUCAUCUCGAUGGUGGACGAAGCGCGGGCGUGGGGCCACGAUUUGACCGAGGUCAACGAAUGGGAACAGGACGACCUGUUCUUGAGGCUACAUCGCAUUCGCAACGAGGGCCUCAAGUCGUCCAGACAGCAAUGGUACAGUUCGAUCAUCAACCAUGAACUAGCCCACUGCCACGGCAUCUGAGGCGCCAUCAAGGCAGAGGCCUCGGACGAAGGAAGACUGCCUUCGUAGUGAAUGAAACCACACACGUUUCCGACGACGAAACCAGCAUGGGGAUGCAACCGACCGGCCGUCCACGAACGAACGUCCGCAGCCACUAGUUGUUUUACUUUAACAUGCAGUGAGCUACGGCUGGGCUUGGGUGAGGAACUUCAUCAUGUUGGUAUUCGCCAGCGCGAGUGCGACUCUCGUCCGCGACACCAACUCACAUGAUGGAUUGACUGGACAGUCGC